GGUCCAGUCCUCUUCGGUUCACUCUCGUUCAGUCCGUGCAGUGUGCUGCGCCGGGGUGAGCCAUACUACUGGAACCCACGAUCUUGUUGGGUUUCCUUUUCCUGCUCUGGGCGGCAGCCGUUGAGUACGCUAGACCCUUCUGCUCUCGUAUAUAUUGCUGCCGAGUUUACCUGGCCACUCGGUGGUGUCCCGGUGAUGGUUCCGCUCUCUGCGGAUCGAGGAGAUGGUUGCCAUCACUGUUCGAGGAAUGGAUGCUCCUACAAUAAGACCGCAUGCAUCGGUUGGGAGAAUGCAGGGAGAAAUUGGAGUCAUCAAGCAUCAAAUCAGUCGGUCGCGGGCUUGUUUUCUGUGUUGAGCUGAGUGAUUGUCGUAUUAUAUUAACAUAAACACACACACGCACACAAAAGAGAGAGAGAGAGAGAGAGAGAGAGAGAGAGAGAGAGAGAGAGAGAGAUGUCGAAGCGCAAAGAACCGGUGUCCCGAGAUGAGGGCGAUAAGCUGGAGAUCACGCCUUUGGGCGCCGGGAACGAGGUUGGGAGGUCGUGUGUGAUCAUGAGAUAUAAAGGGAAGACAGUCAUGUUUGAUUGUGGGAUUCAUCCAGCCUACUCCGGAAUGGCGGCUUUGCCAUAUUUUGAUGAAAUUGAUCCCUCGACAGUCGAUGUGCUUCUCAUCACCCACUGUCAUUUGGACCAUUCUGCGUCCCUUCCAUACUUCCUAGAAAAGACAACAUUCAAAGGGCGUGUGUUCAUGACUCAUGCAACGAAGGCUAUAUAUAAGCUUCUGUUGUCUGACUACAUUAAAAUUAGCAAGGUUGCUGUGGAGGACAUGCUAUAUGAUGAAGCGGACUUGAACCGUAGCUCAGAGAAGAUCGAGGUAAUUGAUUUUCAUCAGACGAUUGAAGUGGAUGGCAUCCGUUUCUGGUGCUACACCGCGGGGCAUGUUUUGGGAGCAGCGAUGUUCAUGGUGGAUAUUGCAGGAAUCAGGGUCCUUUAUACAGGUGACUACUCUCGGGAAGAGGACAGGCAUCUGAAGGCUGCAGAGAUGCCCCCGUUUACUCCGGAUGUCUGCAUCAUCGAGUCCACAUACGGCGUCCAGGUUCAUCAAAACCGACAGGUUCGCGAACGCAGAUUCACCGAAGUGAUUUCGCAGACUGUUAUGCAGGGGGGCAGAGUUCUCAUACCAGCUUUUGCACUGGGAAGAGCACAGGAGCUGCUCCUGAUUCUAGAGGAGUACUGGGAGACUCAUCCCGAACUGUCGCACGUGCCUAUCUUCUACGCUUCGCCGCUUGCCAAAAAAUGCAUGAAUGUUUUCCAGACGUAUAUAAACUCCAUGAACGACAAGAUUCGUAGCCAGUAUGCAAUUUCAAACCCUUUUCGCUUCAAACACAUUUCCAAUCUUAAGAGCAUUGAGCAUUUCGAUGAUGUCGGUCCAUCUGUGGUCAUGGCUAGCCCAGGUAUGUUGCAGAGUGGUCUUUCCCGACAGCUUUUUGACCGAUGGUGCGAGGAUAAGAAGAACGCGUGCAUUAUCCCGGGGUAUUGUGUGGAAGGAACUUUGGCGAAGACAAUUCUGCACGAGCCUAAGGAGGUUACAAAGAUGAACGGACUUGUUGUGCCGUUGAAUAUGCGUGUCCAUUACAUCUCUUUCUCUGCUCAUGCGGAUUUCAUUCAGACUAGCGAGUUUUUGAACGAGCUUCUGCCCCCAAACAUUCUGCUGGUGCAUGGAGAGGCUACAGAAAUGGCGAGGCUGAAGGGGAAGCUCAUCCAGCAGUUCGCAGAAAAGAACGUAAAGGUCUUGUCUCCGAAGAACACGCAGACCGUCGAGAUGACCUUCAAGGGCGAGAAGACCGCCAAGGCAGUUGGAAGACUUGUUGAGAAGGCGCCGGAAGAAGGCAACCAAAUAAGUGGGAUGCUUGUGAAGAAGGGGUUUGUGUACCAGUUGCUUGCUCCGGAAGACCUCCAUAUCUACACGCAACUGUCGACGGGGAUGGUGUUGCAGCGGCAGUCGGUGCCCUACAGAGGAUCGUUCGACGUGCUGAGACACAGAGUUGAGAUGAUGUAUGAGGGAGUUGAAGUGAUCGUGAAAGGCGACUCGCCACGUUCGCUCAAGGUGCAUGAUGCUGUCACGAUCAUCCAUGAAGGUUUCGAUCACGUUGCUCUGCAGUGGGUGUCCGAUCCUGUGAGCGACAUGGUCGCCGACUCAAUCGUAGCCCUGAUUCUGCAGAUAGACUCUCAAGCGCACAAGGCGAUCGUGUCACCCAGAGCAAGGAGAAAAGCCGUCAAGGCUGUUGUCAGUUCUGAGGCAGAUGAGAUCAAGCGCGUUCACUCGUUGCUGAUGUCUCUCUUCGGCGAUGUGAAGCUAGAUUUGGCAAAGCAAACGGUGACGGUAACCGUGGACGGGGUGGUUGCAGUUGUGAACCACAAAACAAAAGCCAUAGACUGUUCAGAAGAUGCUUUCAAGGAGCGUAUUAAAGUUGCACUCAGACGAAUGGAAACAGCCCUGUAUCCCCUUGACUUUUAGUUGUUUUCGAUUUUCACUUGUUUGUUCCUCUUCUGCUGAUGAUCUGAGAAGCGCUCUUUUUUGUUUGCUUUCCUGCUCUCCUCAUCAAUCUGCACUCUUCCUGAGUGUUGGCUGCUUAUCAAUCACAAGUUGUUGUGUCCUCUUAUUAUAAAUGGUGUCGCUUUCUCUUUACCCUCCUUCAGGGCACAAAUUGGAAACGCAAGCUGUCCGGCAAGAAAUGGCGCAAAAAAAUUUUAAAAAUGUCUUGCUGGACCUCCGAGGGCGCUAUGCUGAACUAGAUCCUAUCCUUUAA